AUCAUAAUCCAUGAAUAUUCUAUUACUACUAUUCCCUCUCUCUGAUAAGUUCUGAUCCUACUCUUUUUCUUUCUUUCUUGUGUCGGCUCUUCUUUUGCUUAUCUGAGUUGUUGAAGACUUGAAGUAACUUAUUUCUUCCCUUUUUUGCGUCACCUUUUCUCCUCCUCCCCACCAGAAGAAAAUCAUCAAAAAGAGAUUAAAAGCGGUGCCAAGAAUCAAGACGAAAAUCAUGUCUUCCCCAAGCAAACGCAGGGAGAUGGACUUGAUGAAACUGAUGAUGAGUGAUUACAAGGUGGAUAUCAUCAAUGAUGGCAUGCAAGAAUUCUAUGUCCAUUUCCAUGGACCUAAUGACAGUCCUUAUCAUGGUGGGGCGUGGAAAAUCAGAGUGGAGCUUCCAGAUUCUUACCCUUACAAAUCUCCAUCCAUAGGAUUUAUUAAUAAGAUCUACCACCCAAAUGUUGAUGAGAUGUCUGGCUCAGUUUGUUUAGAUGUAAUUAAUCAGACAUGGAGCCCGAUGUUUGAUCUGGUAAAUGUAUUCGAAGUAUUUCUCCCACAGCUUCUUCUAUAUCCGAACCCAUCAGACCCUUUGAAUGGGGAGGCAGCUGCUUUGAUGAUGCGUGAUCAAACUGCUUACGAACAAAGAGUUAAAGAAUAUUGUCAGAAAUAUGCCAAGCCAGAAGAUGUGGGAGCAGUUCCCGAGGAGAAAUCAAGUGAUGAGGAGCUAAGCGAAGAUGAAUACGACUCUAGUGAUGACGCGGUGGCAGGCCCAGUGGAUCCUUAGCCCCUCCUAGUGCUAGUGGUUACUUGUACCUCUACAUGAUUCUCUGGUUCCUGCAUAAUUGAACCUGAACCUAUUCAUUGGGAAGGGAUGCAAAAGAAGAAAUCCCAGCCCUUAACAUUAAUUCUCUCGUGUAAAUAUAUCCGGUGCUAAUACAUUGCUUUUCUAUUUCUGUUUAUAUGUUUA